AUAGUAUCUACAUUAAAGUUAAAUGUAUAGAGAAUAGAGUGUAAACUGGUUACUGAUAUCAACUACAUAACUUCCGGGUUGUUCUUCAAAUGUUUAACAAAUAUGGCGUGUUGCUGGCUGGGGCCUUUUGUGAUCACCGUUCUAGGAGGACUUGUAUGUAGCUGUGAUGGCAUGGAUGUGAUAAUCAGCGGCUCACACGUAACAUGGGAACACGCUAAAACAAUGUCUGGAUGUAAACUUGCCGGAUUGGACAGGAACGGGGUUUUGAACAUUAACGAUAUCACUGUUUUAAAUCAGACAGGACCGGCAGGGGCUUGGAUCGGUGCACACGUGAAUCCGUCUCAGUGGAUCAAAAUUACGGGAUGUUUUAAGAAAAAAAGAAAUGUCUUCUCGAAACAUUUCCGUCUAAACAUAUCAAAUGAACUUAAUCCUGUGGAGACCUGCUUUGGUAAAUGUCUUUCGGAUGUGUUUGCUUUGACAAAGUCUGGAUGUUAUUGUUUAAAUAACACAACUGAUGAUACGAGUGUUCCCUGUCCGGGGCAUUUAUGUGGAAAACAAAACAACAGUCUGUGUGGCAGCGACACCUGUUUGUGUCGAUAUAAACAAGUAAGCCCAGAUCCAGUUAUAGAUAACGAUGGUGAUUGUAUGACAGUUCGUAAAAAUAAAAGUAGUUAUGACUUCAUUUCCCAGGAUUGUCUAUCUAAUCAUACUUUCUUGUGUAGUGACAGAAAUCAAAAAGAAAUUAUAAUAUAUUAUGGGAAUAAUAAUAAUGCCACUUGGAACCAUGCUCUUUUCGUUUGUGAUCACAAUGGACAAGUGUUGCUGGGAUUAAAUGAUCAUAGUGAUCAAAUACAUACCAGGGCAAUACAACUACAAAACAACACUUCAUAUUGGAUUGGUAUGUUCAGGUUGAAACGUUUCUAUUGGGGAUAUUCCAAUCUUGAUCAACACCAAUGUGUUGCUCUGCAUUACAACCCAGAUCAGGCGGGAUGGCGGUUAAUGUUAAGAAACUGUAGUUCCAAUUUACCUGUGCUUUGUGAUAAUAACAACGAGAAUACACCUACUUCCUCGGCCGUAUCAGCCAUACAUACAACGUCACAUAGCGGAAAUAUUACUGAUACAGACAGUUCGUCUGAUGUUCCACUUCCUCCUAUAAUCGGCGCUACAUCAGGAGUAAUAAUCAUCGUACUCAUCACAUCAGUAGCAUGUCUUAUAAGACGACGCCGAAACGAAAAUCCAAAACAUUCUGACCGGCCCAAUGACGCAAAAGAGUCACGUCAUUACGUCGAAGUCGACGCUCAUCACACCAACACAUUGUCCUCAGAUGUGUAUUACAAUAGUGCAUGUCAAAUCCAGCCCAAAUUCGACCAUACAUACAAUCAUCUACAUAGUGUACGUCGUGACGAUGACAAGGUUGAUGAUUUGUACGAUCACACUGGGAACCUUCGUUCGGAGUAUGACUCACUAGGUAGAAUUACAUUUAAAGGCGAGCAGGUUGAAUGUGAUUAUGACCACAUGAAAGCUAUAUCGAUAUUUCCCGGUUCUGUUGACACUGGAAAUUAUGAUACUGUGAUACAGCUUGAUAAACCCAAAGGAUUUGUACCAGUAGAUGACACCUAUGAUCAUGUUUGAGAUUUUAAUGUCGUCAUUCAAACUUUCGGUUUUUGUAAGACUCCAUAAAUCCUUUGUAAACCAUCAAAAUCUUCAUGAAAUUUAUUGAUAAUCUGUAUGCAAACAAUGUUUUAUAGAACUUUCAAAACGGAUCAAUAUAGCAUAAUGGUACUCAAUCAGUUUAUAUUUAUAUUCAAAAUUAUAUACAAUAUCAGAAAUUGAUCUGGUUGGUGCGACUCCCUUUGUUAUCUAUACUAUUUGUAUAGUCCCUUCUAUUUUGUUUCUGUUUUCCCUUCUGGAUUUGAUUUCUACACUAUCGGGCUGGUCCCUAGACGGGCAAGACAGCUGUGUAAUGUCCCUAGAAGGACGAAACACAUUUAAGAUGCCAUAACAUCACGGACGAGACCUAGAAGGACGAAACUGUAGUUUGAUAUCCCUGGUAUCACUGACGAGUACUAGAAGUACGAAACCGACGUGUACUUCCCUAGCAUCAAUGACGAGUUCUAGAAGAACGAAACAGAUGUUUGAUGUCCUUAGCUUCAUUGACGAGUCCUAGAAAGACGAAACACGUGUAAGAUAUUCCUGGCAUCACUGACGAGUCCUAGUCGGAUGUAUGAUGUCCCUAACAUCGCUAGAAGGAAUAUAACUCACCAAUGCUGACAUCAUACCGUUAGUCAGAGACUACUACACAGAUGUAUGGGGUCCUUAGCGUCACUUACUGCUCCACGAAGGACAAUACAGAUAUAUGAUGCAGUUUUGUAUUCAUAAUUUAGAAAACAUAUGUUUGUUACUAAAUCAAUAUUCAAAAGUACAUAUGUAUCAUUCACCGGCCUUAUAUACAGCUAUUCUAUGUGUCACAAGUACUGCGCAUACAAAUGUAUAUGAGUCUUCGAUGUUGUCAAGAAUCGCUAUCAAAAUAUGUCUAACAUUGCAAUCCAUUUAUAUAUAAAAUGAACGAAUGUCUUUGUGCUUAACAGUGUAGAUGCAGACGUUACAGUCAGUAACUGUUAUAUAGCAAGCAUAUAAUACAUUUAGAUAGAUAACUGAUCAUUCAUAUGUAUCUUUUAUAACAAAGAUUUGAUACAAUCUGUAUAAUGUUGAAACAGAUGUCGUUGUCAUCCUGGUUAAGUAAACCAAUUGCAAAGUACCAGGCUAGACAAAUCAGCUCGGUGUUUACAAAUAUGACCCGUCUGGUACUAAAGGCUAGUAUAUCAUUGCUUUAUUGAAUUUUCAUUUUAUAUAAAUUUUAUUUUAUAUAUUAAAUUGCAACUUAUCUGUCGUCGCUGCAGGAGAAGACGCUUUCUCUACCGAAAUGCCUGGUCGCAUUCGCAUUGCUACAGUUGCAAGGGUUCCCAUGUAAAUAUGAUAUUUGUCAUCUUUAUUGAUUUUAAGUUAUAAUAUUAUAACUUCUACAUAUCAGUGUUCUCCUUUUUUGUUUGUUUAUUGAUUAUAUAUGAUUCAUUUACAAAUAUAACCCGCAUGUAUUUAUACGUGUAUGUUUCACAAAUGUAAAUAUUGCGUCACAUAGCUUUAUUCAGUAGAUAAGCUUACCGAAACGAAAUGUAAGGCCCUCGAUUUAUACACACGACAUUACGGUAAAUAGCUUUGUCCCAUAGUCAUAAUUAUAUAGAUUUGAUAGGAAGCCGAUUGACAGAGACACCUUCAGGUAUAAUAGUUGAAUGAUAUUAAUAUUGGGUUUAAUACCUCUUGAAAUAACGUAUUUUUUGUAUUAUUGAAUACAUCAAAAAUGUGAAUAAACUGAAUAAUUUUCAUA